UGCAACUUCUCCAUAAGGAACGGCCAAAUGCACGGCAAAAGUGUUCACUAUAGAGAGGGUUCCUCCAAGGGAGGUUCUUGGUGCGGUUUGGGCGACGCGGCCGAUACUUACGAUGAUUUGGGCACAAAACGUGAUAUAGACGUGUGUUGUCGAGCACAUGAUCACUGUCCCAUCCGACUGAAGGCACUUCGUUUUGGUUACGUCCAGUGCAUUAAAGAGGAGAGACCUGUCGUGUGUCUGGAAAUCAGAAAGAAUAGCAGCGGUAAAGAAGAGUGCGUUAAAUAUGAGGUCUCGAGUGAAUCUAAGAUGAAGUUUGUGACACCAGAACUCCUAUAUUAAGUCAACUAAACCUUAAGUCCUGUUUUUAGUUUAAAUUUUCAUUUUCAUUCAUUUUAAAUGUAAAGUUUUCUUUAAAAUAUUAAUCGUUUUAUCUCACGCUUAGAAAUGUAUUAAAAAGUAUAUAUUUUCCAAAUACACAUUUGUUAAAUAUUUUUAAAAAUAUGCCCU